UGUUGCAUUGUUGUUCGGUGACAGUCAUAGAGUCUAUACGUACGUAUCCAAUUUUGAUUCGUCAAACAAUUCGCUUCUGAAAAAUUGGAUUACAAUCGGAAUCAAUUGAAUUAACAGAAAUUUAGGUCGUAAUUUUCGAAUUGGUGUUGUGCUUUCCACUUUUCCUCCAUACUUUCCGCAUAGGGAUCGGUGAACGUAUAUUCGAGGCUAUAUGCCACUGGAUAUUAUAAGAUGAGAAUAUUAAGUAUUAUACUUGGAUUGCUUCUUGCAUUGAGCAGCACCUCUGCUAACACAGAUGAUGACGAGGCCGUCGUAGAAACCGUCCAGGACGAACCUCCCAAACCCUCCGUAGAUAUACCGUACCAAAGUCCCGUGGUGCAAGAAAAGGGCAACGUCUACUUCGCCGAACACUUCGACGAUGCCGCCAAAGUGGAGAAGAGAUGGGUGAGGUCCGAGGCGAAGAAAGAGGACAUCUCCGAAGACCUGGUCAAGUACGAGGGCGAAUGGAAGGUGGAGAAACCCUUAAAGGACGGACUGGUGGGCGAUCAGGGGUUGGUGCUUAAGACCCACGCCAAACACGCCGCCAUCGCCUCGCUCCUCAGCAGACCCUUCGUGUUCCAAGACAAACCUCUGAUCGUCCAGUACGAGGUCACGUUGCAAGACGGUCAACAAUGCGGAGGCGCUUAUCUGAAGCUCCUGAGUAAGACCUCGCAACAGUUGAACCUCAAGCAGUUCCACGACAAGACCCCCUACACCAUAAUGUUCGGCCCCGAUAAGUGCGGAGGGGACUACAAGCUACACUUCAUCUUCAACCAUCGCAACCCCCUGAACGGUUCCAUCGAGGAGAAGCACUGCAAGAAACCGGACGUCCGGCUGGAAGACGUCAUCAACGACAAGAACCCUCACCUGUACACUCUGAUCCUGAAACCGGACAACACCUUCGAGAUCCUCAUAGACAACAAGGUGGUCAAUUCCGGGUCUUUACUAGACGAUUUCACGCCAGCCGUGAACCCACCCGCGGAGAUCGAAGAUCCCGACGAUAAGAAACCGGAAGACUGGGACGAGCGCGAGAAGAUACCGGAUCCGACCGCGACCAAACCGGACGAUUGGGACGAGGAGGCGCCGGCGCAGAUCGUCGACGAGACGGCCACGAAACCGCAGGGAUGGCUGGACGAUGAGCAGCCGCACAUCCCCGAUCCGGACGCGAAGAAACCGGCAGAUUGGGAUACCGACAUGGACGGAGAGUGGGAACCGCCCCUUAUCGAUAAUCCGGCGUGCGCAUCGGCCCCCGGUUGCGGUACUUGGGAACCGCCCCUGGUCAGCAACCCCCUGUUCAAGGGUAAGUGGAAGGCGCCACUCAUCGACAAUCCGAACUAUAAGGGUAAAUGGAGGCCCAAACUCAUACCCAACCCGGACUUCUUCGAGGAUAAGACGCCCUUCAAGAUGACCACUGUGGAGGCGGUCGGUUUCGAGCUGUGGUCCAUGUCCCGCGACAUUCUUUUCGACAACAUCAUCAUCACGGAGGACAUCAGCGUGGCUCGACAAUGGUCGGCCGAUACCUUCGAGAAGAAGCGUCAGAAGAUCGCCAAAGAUUCGGAAAGCGUGAUAGAUCAGCUUGCUAGCCUUACGGUGGAAUACCCGAUCUUGUGGGGCGUGUACAUCCUGGCGCUAGGCAUACCUGUAGUAUUGAUUUUAUAUUGUUGCUGUAAACCGAGUAGUACCGCUAGAAAGGAGAAAGAGGAAUUGCAGCGUCAAGCAGAGAAGAAAAAGACUGAUGAAUUGACUGAAGACGUAGGGGAAGAAAAUGAAGAAGCUAUAAAUGCAGAAGAACAGGAGGAGGACAGAGAAGAGGAAGAAGCAGAGGAGGAAGGUGAAGAAGUAGUUGAGGACGAAGUCCCUUCGACUUCGGAAAAGCCGCCAGAAGAAAACGCUAGAAAACGGAAAGUUAGGAAAGAGUAAAAAAGAUCAAAAGAGAUCAUCCACCAUAGUUAUUCUAGUUAAAUUAUUGAAUCCAGGAUUUUUAUAAAUCUACCAUAAUUAUAAGUAUUAUAACACUCGAAAAUUCAAGAACGGCAGGAUAAUAAUUGAUGGGUUGCGUUCACUUCAGCUUAUCGUGUUUUACGUGAAUUUUGUACAUAUUUUUUGUAUGUAGAUUGUAUUUUGUCUGGUUUGCGAUUUGGAAACGACCAAAAUGAUUUCGUUGUUUGCAUAUGAAAUAUAAAAUUCGUAAUC